UAUAGGUGCAGUAGCGUCCUUUCCUUGUUUCCAAGGAGCACCGGAAGAAAGCCUUCAGCAGUCUUCUCAUUGGCUACUGUGUGCGACACCAAUCUAGGAGUCGGGUUGUGUAAGUUCCCCUCCAGUGAUCAAGGUUUGAAAAGAAUGGCGGUUACGAGGAACUAUAACAAAUAAUCAUGAAAAUAAUACAGUGGAAAUAACACUCUGCUGUAGAUGCUUAUGUAUGUUCUGCUUCAGAGCCUUCAUGAGCUGAAAGGUGAGCCUGGUGAGAGGACCGGAAGAUGUCUUCCUCUGCUAGUUUACAGAAUAACCAGAACUGUGCAGAUCAGUGGUUGGAAAAUAAUUCUUGCUCUGGAAUUUUACUUAGUCAUUCUUCUUAUGGAAUUAAAAAUACUGAGUCUGCUAUGCAUUUAAAUGGAUGUUUUAUGUCUCAGAAUAGACCGCAUCAUGCAUUGGAAAGUGCAAGCAUUUUUAGUGAGGACUCUCUUAAUGAAAUCUCACCAGGAAGGUGUAAAACUGAUGAGGACAAGCCUACAGACUGCAGUACUACUAGAGCAAAGGCUGCUUCAAUCGCAUCUUUCACACAGCAAGCAGUGCCAUCGCAGAGCAUAGGAACACACUGGAAAUACUGCAGCAUGGUUCUCCAGAAUGAUGAGCCUUCUCGUUCUGAUGUAGCUCUCCUCAGUGAUCCUCUAAUUCAGAAACUUGCACAGCUGAAAGAAAUUCAGCAGCAGAAGCAGGAAGAGUUGAAAAGGCAACAGAUGCAGCAGCUUCAAAGACUUUUGGAUGAACAACAGAAGCUUCUUGACAUGGUAUCUGUCCAGCAGGCAUUUCCAGGUCUGCAAAACUUUGCUCUUUCUUGA